AUUGAUCACGCGCAGAAUAAGAGCAGAUUCAGACCUCCGCUGAUCAUCUCACUGAGGAAAGCCCUAGCUGAAGUGAUCACAGCAGUCAGAGGAGAUCACCAGCUAUAAAGCUGAAGGAGCUGGGCAGGAGUUGAGCUGCGCGCCUCCAGAGGACACUCCACAGCGCAGCCGCUCACGCUGAGCGUCCGGAUGGCUUACACACCGCCGCCCCCCCGCGGACCACUGCGGUAUCACACAAAUUAGCACAGCCUACAAAACCCACAAUGCUUUGCCACCUGGUGUUGGAGAUGCAGUCACAGGAAGUGUGAACCAAACCGAACAAACUAGCGUCGUUUUUGCUGUAUUUUCGGAUUCAGGCUCCGAGCCGCAGGACGCUGAGAAACUGAAACCGGUGCCGAGUCUCUGCUCCUUACACUCCGCUGUCCGCAGGAAUGGCUUGCUCUCUGGAGAAGGUGCUGCUGGACGCCAGGUCGCUGGUGGAGCGGCUUCGAGACCACGACAACGCCGCAGAGAUCCUCAUCGAGCAGACCACCUUACUCAACAAGAGGGUCGAGGCUAUGAAACAGUAUCAGGAAGAGAUUGAGGCACUGAACCAAGUGGCGAGGCAUCGACCACGAUCCACUCUAGUUAUGAGCAUUCAGCAAGAGAACCGACAAAUACGGGAACUGCAGCAGGAAAACAAAGAGUUGCGUACGUCUUUAGAGGAGCACCAGUCCGCUCUGGAGAUGAUCAUGAGUAAAUACAGAGAGCAGGUGUUCCGCCUCCUCAUGUCCCGCAAGAGAGAUGACCCUACUAUUGUCACACAGCUCAAAGAACAGCACACUAACGAGAUGCAGGCGCACAUAGACAAGAUAAACGAGAUGGCUACAGUAAUGAGGAAGGCCAUCGAGGUGGACGAAGGACGAGUGUGUGAAGACGAGGAGCGGAUAAAACAGCUGGAGCUGGAAAACCGAGGCCUGCGGGAGUUGUUGGGGAUCAGUCGAGAGGCCUUUCUGGUGCUGAAGAGAGAGGAGGCGUCCGACAGCACUUCCCUGUCUCCACUAGUGUCCAGCACUGACCUGAGCAUGAGGAAGAGCUAGAGCUCCCCAAACAACAGACUCUGCAUAACACUCUUCGCAUUUGACACACGACACGAUGUGUACAGGCACAUGCAGAGCACUAUCUGAAUCACCUCUCUCAAGAAGAGACCCCAAACUCCUCCUGCCUGCAUUUACGCAGGCUUGUUGUGUUUUACCGGAACCUGUCCUUUCAUGCAUAGCCAAGUAGAUCUGUACCACUUACUCUACAGCCACAGGGCCUCUGCAGCAGGUGCCAUUACAGAGGAAAAUUUAUUACCCCAUUCUGGCACAGUCCCUAAAUACAGUCAGUUAGAGUAAAGCCUGACCAUGUAUGAGGAGGGAUGCUCACUAAAUGAUUCUGCUUCUCGUUUAGUGUUGGAGCUUAAUGAUUGAAGUGAACAUAGACGGCCUAUUGUAAUUAUUUUCCCCGUUGCACAUGUAGUUGGGGAAUUAUUUAAGACCUUUGGGACACUGGCUGGUGUAAAAGGGAAAAAAAAAAAUUGUCCACCCUCCAGUAACAUUGAUCCCAGCUUUUUUUUUUUUUUUGUCGGUAUUGUGGCAUUUGGUGGGCGGGUCAAGGGUGCCGAGGUUCACUUAGCACAGCCUGCUUGUCAUCAUAGCUGUUAUCAGAUUAAGACGUGCACCCUGUAAGAGUUCUGUAAAUAUGUCAUGGCUGAUAGCGACAAACGGCACACGCAGUCCCUUGAGAGGACAGGUUUAGUUUUGCUUUUGCGUUUGUUUUAGGGCUGCCUUCACACAUGAUGCUCUGAUGUUUUGUGAGUGUCUAUGUAUGAGAGAAUCUAUUUGAACUGCAUUUCAGAUGUAUUAAAGUUGUAUUUUGAGCUCUUAAUACAAAAUAAUAGUAGUUAAUAAUGAACCUCAGUAAAGCUAUGUGCCUUGCGACUGCCUAGACCAGGGUUCUUUAUCUGGACCUGGAGGGUUGGUGUCCAGCAGUUUGGCGAUUUCUCUUGUGAAACUCGUCCACUAAACCUGGCAAUUAACAGACGAGUUAAACCAGAUAUAUAUGAGCAGGGAAAUCACCCUCCUUCUGAAUAUCGCUCUGGUCUAGACUAAUCCCUGAGCUCUGGAAAGAAGCUUACAAUGCAGUAUGUGACUUUUAUUGGGAAUGCAUUUCCUAGGAAACCAAUGUCACACAUAAGGUUUAGUACUAUCUACUUUGUCCAUACGUUUAAACUGAUGCCAAAUAUUACCAGUAUUACUGUAUACAAUAUUACUAUAUUAUAGCCUCAUAUAGUCUGCUUUGA